AUGGACUCCCAAGCGAUUCAAUUCGGCAUGAUGAACUCGAUGCGCACCAACAACGUGGUCGUCGACACACUCAUUUGUCUCGUCAUUCCACUGCUGUUCAAGUUCGUCUUCGACUUGACGACUCACGUGCCGUGGCUGGCCGAGUACGCGCGGUCGCUCUUCACGAAAAACGAACGCGAGGUCAUCCGACGCAUCGAAAUCAAGCAACACUUCAACUCGUGGGGAAAAGUCCGCGACCACGAGCAGCACAACCACAUCCUGCAGAAAGCCAUCUCCAUCUACCUCAGCGACCACUUGGACAUGACGAGUCAGUCUGGUCGCUACGAGUUGCUCGAGAACGUCAAGCCGCCCAAGGAUGCCAAGGAUGCGUCCGACGAUAACCAAAGCUGCUACUCGUACGGGUACUGUAGCGAGCGCGACCAGUUGCAGAUGCUUGGAAUUGGCGCGCUGCCUCCGUUGAACGACUGGAUCCAAGUCGAGGAGGGCGUCGAGUUCAUGCACGAGAUCAAGACGGGCCAGGAAGCCAAUGACGACGGCAACAAUGGCGGCGGCAACAGCGUCACCGAGUCCACCGUCACGUUUUUAUUGAAGUCGUCCAUGGCGAAUGGGUCGGCUCGCAUCGACGACUUUGUGAACCGGGCAUACAAGAGCUAUCAAGACGCUGUCAUGACCAAGCACAAGACGGACAAGUCGCGCUACAUGUACAUGGCGAGUGCGGCUGCCAGUGGUAGUAACGAAUCUGCGGACAAUGCUGCGGCCGCCGUACAAACCUACAAGCGGUACGCGUUGGGCGAAGACAAGACGUUCCACAGCUUGUUCUUCGAGGAGAAGGAGUCGUUGCUGCACUUGCUCGACAACUUUGCCACCAAGAGCGGCAAGUUCGGCAUCCCCGGGUUCCCGUACAAGAUGGGUCUCUUGCUGCACGGCCCCCCCGGCACGGGCAAAACCAGCCUCAUCAAGGCCAUCGCGCAGCACACCAAGCGCCACAUCGUCAACAUCUCGCUGAGCAAGAUCAAGACGAACCAAGAGCUCAUGGACAUGAUGUUCGACCUCAAGUUUGGCAUCCAAGGCGAAGACUUGCCCAUCAAACUGGCCUUCGACAACAUCGUGUUUGUCAUGGAAGACGUCGACUUCCGGGUCGAAUUCUCAUCAUGA